AUGUCUUCUCCAGUCCCGGAAUUCCGAGAAGCCCACCAGUAUUGGCAACCACUCCUCAACAAUGACAUCAUCCGACCCAAGCCUCGUCGUCUAGGAGACAUGAGCAAGCAACAACAAGACAGUGGCAACAACCCUUCCUCGAGGACCUCAAGCCGGGAAAGAUUAUUCCUCGGAACCCCCCUCCAGGUGCCUGCCAGGGAGGCUGGCGUGGGAGGGUCCUCCCCAUCGCUCACCAAGUCCACGAGUCGCGAAGCCCUGCACCAGAAUUCCCGAACCCCGAGCAAAGAGCUGUUGUUGUCUUCAGGAAGCCGUGAGACCACGCCGGUAACCCAUACAUCAUCAUCGACUGCAUUCCUGAAAUCGACGACCAGGGAGAAGUCGCACAACUGCACCUCGAGAGAAACUUCUCCUCUACAAGUUCCUUGCAGAACGCCCAGCAAAGAUUUAGUAUCAAACAGCUCGCAUGUUCCAAGUAAUGUUCGGACAUCUUGUAAAGAUAACCCUAUUGCCGCUUCUCAACUGCGCAAUGCUUCGCGAUCCUCCAGCAAAGACGUAGGCAGUACCCGAACUUCAUCUAAAGAAGCGAAUGUUGGUGGGUGCAAUGCUCAAUUUGAAAAUCAUUCCCGAACCCCGUGCAAAGACAUGAACAACAUAAUUCUUCGACCCAAUUGUAAAACUCCAAAUAAAGACUGCGUUACUAGCAGCUGCAAUAAUUUUUGCCACGAUGGAGGAUCCAGGCCAUCUCAGCAACACCAAAUCGCACACGCAAAGAGUUCCCCAGGACUUACUACCAGAACUUCCCCAUCUUCUCUUUUCGGAGACAGCCAAAACUCAGAAAAAGACUUCUCCAGGUGCCAUCCAGCCUUCUGGGACAACAAAAACGUGGUGGAAGACGAGUUCUCUCCCGAUGGUCAUCUGUCACCUUAUGUGGAUUCCAUGUCUAACACAGAUUGUGGAUCUUUGAGUAAGAGUUCGUCUGACGGCGAUCCCAUUAUCUGUCGUAAAAGACCACCUACUAGGCUGAAAUCCAAAAGAAGAAACAUCUUGUCAUUUCCUCAAGUUUUAGGCUUAGACGAAACUCGUUUGAUCCAGAGGCGGCACGAGUGCUACGGAGGAUCUUCCAGUGAUGAAAACAAGUCUUCUGGACAUGCGAGUAUGAGUGAUGGACAAUCAUCCUAUUUAAGCUCUUCACCAACAGAUGGAAUAUUAUCUCGAAGUUCCGGGAGACAUUCUGAUAAACUUAGCGACUCCUAUAACUCUGAUAGCAUGAGAGAAGACUCUCAUUUAGACUCUUCCGAACAUAGAUUUGGAAGAGGGACUCCAUUGAAAUCGGUUCCUGAGGAUGAAAGACUUUUGACUUCUCACCACGCAUCAUCUACAAAAAUAUCGUGUCGCAGGCCGACACCUUCCCGAAAACCCCACAGGACCCCUCUGGAAGGAGCUUGUGGACUCGAAGAUAUUCGCCAAGCGAUUGAGCAGCUGUCAGUUCGAACGCAAGGCUCGAGGACGAGCUAUUCUACAUCAACUUAUUCUUCUAUGAGUGGCAGCGAGUCAGAACCGGUGAGGAGAUUGAUUCGUCAUUCCAGUCUCGAAACUAUCAACACGAACAUUACUAAUGCAGAUGAGUUUGUGUGGGUGGAUAACCAUACCCGGUUAGUAGAGCUACAGAGAGUUCCAUGGUCCAAUCAUGAUAUUUUAAAGGUGAUGCAAACAGGUCGCCUUCGCGAACAUCUUGGGCAGAUAUCAAUGGAAACAGUGCCACGAUUAUCGUACCUGCUUCAGAGACCUCUAGUAAGGAUAGCGCGGGAGACUCAGAGGUUCUCCAGGACACUGGGAAUGUGCACCAAGCAAGAAGUGAGCGGAUCUUUGAAAGUGGUUCUUUCACCAGCUCUUGCUGACAGCUGCAUCAAAGCGUGCCAUCGAGCUGCUGCUAUAUCAGCAGUCAGUGGUGAUCAGAUGAAACUUAGCAAAAGUGCGCGAGCUGGUCUCCAGCUAUCUGUGGGUCGGUUUCAUCGCUGGAUGUGUGAUGUUCGAAUAGGAUCUUUUGUGCAUCAGUAUGCAGCGAUCUAUCUGACCGCUGCCAUUGAAAAUCUUCUGGAAGAAAUUGUGCUUCAGUGCAUGGCGUUAGAUGGUUCGACAAUGUUCACUGCUACCAUGUUGGAAACUGCCAUAUCAAACAGUAGUGACCUUUGGGGAUUAUUUCAACCCUUUUCUCAUCUGAAUGCAGGACGUACAGCCACAGGUGCCUUGUCCUUGCCUCGCUGGCCAAGCCAAACUGAAAAUAACAGCAGUAGGCCAGGCAGCUCUGUUCAACUGCACCUUUCUGAUGAACAGCAGCCUAGGCAGUCAACCUGCAAAUCAGUGGAGCAACAUUUGUUGACGACAUGUGUGGGCAGCAUUGCUGAGCUUGGAGACCUAUUGCGAAGAGUUGUGCAGUACUAUCAGCACAUGCAAGGCUACAAUGCAGGCCGUUGUAGUAUCAUUUGGGGACCUGCCGCUCUGCAUUCUUUGUACUAUUUCAUGCGAUGCUCUCAACUGGAACAUGCAGAUCAUAGUAGCCAUAGGACACCCGUUCAAGAGCUUGUCUACGAAAGGCCAUACUUGGUGCUACCGCCUUUAAUAGAAUGGGUCCGUGUAGCCACGGCUCAUUCUGAGCAUCGUCGAUCACAGGUGGUCGACAAGGAUGAUGUCAUGCAAGCAGCGCGAUUGUUAUUACCCGGUGUUGAUUGUCCCAUUCGAGAGUUUGGGAUUUAUGAUGAUCGCCUGCACUGCCGCAAAAGAUCUGAAGAUCCAGAAUGUGCUCGCAUGUUGAAGGUGGAAUUAGGCUUUCGUAUGCUUGCCAGUGGAAGGACGGACUUAGUACCUCACGCGUUGCAGCUCUUGCCAACAAGUCAUGUAAAUACUUUCAACGAACAAGGGUUAACGCCUCUGAUGGUUGCUUGCAUUAGGGGAGAUGAAGCCAUGGUCCAUGUUCUGUUGGAUGCUGGUGCUGAUGUUGAUGUAGAGACUCCUGCACCAGGGACUUCUUAUCCUUAUGUAAAUCCUGAGACUCAACACUGGACAGCACUAACUUAUGCUACAACGCAUGGGCAUUUGUCAGUCAUUAAACUGUUGCUGGAAAAAGGUGCAAAUGUCGAAGGAGGUGCUCGGUUGAGUGAAGAAAAAAUAACUGUUACACCACUCCAAUUAGCAGCUGCAUCUGGUCGCCUAAAACUUGCAGAGCUGCUUCUUUUGCAUGGGGCUCACCCUUUCUUGUCAACUACUUCAAGAGAUUCCCUUGCAUACGGAGCUGCGGCUCAGAGGGGCUGCUACAGUGCCAUAGCUGUUGCUGGUGCUCACGGACAGAGGACUAUGUUGCAUCUUCUUCUGUCUCAUCCUAUGACCAAAAGCAGCAAAGAUGUCUUGUCCCUGGAAGAAAUUCUGGCUGAAGGUGCAUCCCAGCUAACCUGUGAUCGCAGAACUUCAAGGCUGCAAGUUGUUCCUGUUUGUGUUGAUGACUUAAAUAAGUCGUCCUCGAGUGUCCCUACCGCAACAGAUAAUGGACAAGUGAUCAAACUGACAAAGGCUCAGCUAAAAUCUCUUCAAGAAGCUAUGUAUCAUAGUGCAGAAAAUGGUCACAUAGACAUCACACUUGAUUUACGGAAUAUAGGGGUUCCAUGGACGUUGCACUGUUGGAUGAACACUUUGGCAAUGGCAUAUGAGCUUCAAGUAGAGCCAAUGAUUGAUCAGUUGUUGCAGGAUUACCUUCAAGUGUGGCCUGAAGAUUGUAGUUCUCAAUUUGUUGACGAAUGCUUACCACUGCUUUUCACGAUAUUCAGGCAUAGCAAAAAGGAAGGUACAAGUUUAUUGCUUGCAGAUAUAUUCUCAAACUGUUACAGCAAAGAAUCAAUUAAAGAAAUAAGAGAUGUAUUAUACAUAGGUGGAGCAAGAAUAGAUCCUACCUAUGUGAAUAAUCCAGAAAUGUCUGAUGUGCAGUUUAGAGUGGAAGGAAGAGUAUUUUAUGCUCACAAAAUCAUCCUUGUAAAUGCAUCACCUAGAUUCAAAUCUAUGCUCUCUACAAAGUUUUCAGAAGGAGUACCUCCUGUUGUGCAGAUAAAUGACAUUCGUUAUGAUAUAUUUCAACUUGUAAUGCAAUAUUUAUACAAAGGUGGUUUUGAAAACUGUGAAAUAGAUCAAAACGACGUACUAGAGUUAAUGGCAGCAGCAAGCUUCUUCCAGCUGGAUGGACUUUUACGUUUCUGUGAAUCUAGAAGUUCUAAACUAGUAGAUUUGGACAAUGUAGUUUCAAUGUACAUACAUGCAAAGGUGUAUAAUGCAGUAUACCUUUUAGAAUACUGUCAAGGCUUUCUUUUACAGAAUAUGGUGGCUUUAUUAACUUAUGAUGACAGUGUCCGGAAAUUAAUCUUUGGAAAAAAGCUUCACAAUCAUGAUGUUUUAAGUGGACUACUACUCACAUUACAGACAAGAAUAAGAGAGAAAGCAUCGGCAACAAAAACUGUCAGUAGCACUAAAAGCUGA